AUGUCUGAGGGUCCCAGCAACCCAGUCCCAGCCAAUGAUCACGGGAAGCAGCCGCAAAACAUCCACAGACAACGACUGACUGCCAUCAAGGAGUUCUCCAUCCUACAAACCCAAGCCCCUUGUGGCAAAGGCUGUCUGGAAUCCCAUCAAAAUGACCCUAAGAAUCUGAUCAAGAUGAGAGACGCGCUAAUGGAGAUUGGAGAAACGGCCAAGCCCAACGCGCCCCAAGAACCAGACCUCUACGAAAAGGAAGACACCACGAGCGCCAAACCCCUCGGAGACCCUCGAACGACUAUUUUCCUCGAGAAGCUUUACAUGGCAGCUCUCAAAGAGCUUCUCAGGAGAAAAAUCCAGGGCGACUUUCCUACUCCGUACGUGGACUUGAUGCUGAUUCUGAUUGAGUUUGAGGAAGAGGGAUACGAUGAUGUUGUCAAUUCGGUUCUGAGCGGAUUGAAAGAUGGCGAUGAUGCUGAAUUGACUUUUUCGAUGGAGGAUAAGUUUGAGGCUUUUGAUAGGAUUGAUACUCUGUUGAGACUUAGGAAUGCCGCAUGA